UUAAAAUAUGAAUUUUAAAAGCUUAUAAGAAUUUUAUAUAAAAAGUUAAAGAAAAUUUUAAAACAGUAUCACAUAGUGAUAAAAAAAUAGAUAAGAUAAUUAUUGUUUUUAUUUUAGUUAGUGCAUGUACGUUACGAAUAAACAUGCACUUCAAAGAGCAAAUAGUAAAUAUCAUAAUCAGCGUUUUCUUGCAGAUAACACUGGAAAAUCUAUAAAUACAUUUGAUAAUAGUACUUUGAAUACAAUUCUACACAACAAUUACGCAAUUUCUCAAUUCUUUUUUCUUUUGUCCACAUUCUGAAUAUUUGAUUAAAUUCGCAUUAGUAUUUUCAAUAUACUUAAUAACUUUUUUCUCAGCGAUACAAGAUAUACAUGUUUUAGAAUAUUUUUUGUUCUAGUAUAUGUAAUAUCUUUAUCCUUAAUAUAUACCCAUAAUAUUGUUAUUUAUAAUUUACACAUAUUCAUUACAAUUUAAAACUUUUCUUAAUGCGGUAUAAGAUAAAAGAUGCAUAAAUAUUAUUAUGUUAAAAUUUAGUGAUUUUAAUUUUGCAGAAGAAAUUCUUAAAAAUAGCUUUAAAUCCAAUUUAAACUGCAAAUUUCCUUUAAAAAUCAGAAAUUUAUUAACAAAAUAGAUGCUGAUAAAGAAAUGUGUGUGUGUGUUUAAUAAGAUAUGAUUCUAAAAUUACUCUUAACAAAAGGAAAACAGAUAUAUUACAAGUAUAAUAAUAAUAAUAAUAAUAAUAAUAAUAAUAAUAAUAGUAAUAAUAAUAAUAAUAAUGAUGAUGAUGAUGAUGAUAAUAAUAAUAAUAAUAAUAAUGAUGAUGAUGAUAAUAAUAAUAAUAAUAAUAAUACUUUACUCAUUUCAAAUAGAUAUCUUACAAGUAAAAACAAAAGAAACAAAAACUUUUUCCUACCAACUUUAACGAAUCAUCAGCGAAUAUAGAGUGAUAAGAAGUGAUACAUAUUAUUAUGUGAAUGAUGUUAACAGACAGUAACUGUUCACGCUUUAGCAGAGAAUCAUGUCUUACAAGAUCAUUUUAAAUUUUAUUGAAGAACACAAAAGAUCGUCAUAAUGUACAACGUCCAAAAUAAAACUGUGAUGAUCACUGGAGCAGCUGGUGGAUUAGGCUACAAGUUUGCUGAAAUAUUGCUUCGCAAUAGUGUAAAAAAGGUUGCUGUGGUCGACUUGCCAACAUCGAACGGCCUGAAUGCGGCGACUACUUUAGAGAACGAAUUUGGUAAGAGCCGUGCCGUCUUCUUUGCCUGCGACGUGACGAAGGCUGACGAUCUGAAAAAGACAUUCGAAAAAGUUAUCGACGUAUUCGGAGGGCUAGACAUUCUUAUCAACAACGCCGGUAUGUUGAACGAUAACGAGUGGGAGCAAACAAUCAAUCUCAACGUUAACGCACUAAUUCGUGGCUCUUUGUUGGCGUUCGAUUACAUGGGAAAGCACAAAGGCGGUAAAGGCGGCGUAAUCGUGAACCUCUCAUCUAUACUUGGAUUGCGCCCAGUUUCUUUCAUUCCAAUGUAUACCGCUUCGAAAUAUGCCGUCCUGGGAUUCAGCCAGUCUUUGGCAAGCAUGUACGACAAGACCGGAGUGCGAAUUGUUAUCAUGUGCCCGGGUUUUACACAGACAAACAUGUUGGGAAAUGCAACGGAUAAAAUGUGUGAAUCUAUCCGAGCUGUAAUCACCUUUGAUAGAGAAGCUAAUAACGCAGAAUUUCCGACACAGAAGACUGACAAUGUGGCUCUCGCAAUGUUAAAUCUUAUUCAGAAAGGUGAAAAUGGAGCGGUUUGGGUCAGCGAAGAUAGUAAACCACCGUACGCUGUAGAUUUCCCUCAUUAUUCCAAGCGAUCUUUGCCUGUAUAAAGUUGGCAUUUGAUAACUUAUCUUACUUUAAAAAAUGUUUAAUUUGUCUUAUUUCUUUCUAUUUUGUCUAUCAAUGACAACUAACUUAUUUCAAUUAAGUCACAUUUCAAUUAUGUAUAUACAUUUUAGAUAAAUAAAAUUUGAACACACAAAUAACUUUUCUACGGCUUUUAAUUGUAAUUUAACGAAUAUAGUCUUAUUCCUCAUUCUAUUCCGAACUGUGGAAUAUUAUUCAUUUGUACAUGUAAGGUACAUACUUGUAUUUUGAAGCGAAUAUUUUUAUGAACAAGGACAAACAACUUUAUUUAUCGCUCUCAAUUAAGUUUGGCGGGCAGUUUAGCAUCCUCUUUAAGAGUUUGGUAUGGGGAAAACAUAUUUCAAUAAUAAAAUCUAUAUGCUAAAAUAUGAUUAAAGUUAAUCUUUUCAUAUAUUUAAAAUGCAAAAUAAAAAUAUAAGUACAUUACAUGCAUGAAUAUUUAAUAUGAAUUUUUUUAAGUGUGAAUGAUAUCCUAGUAAACGUUUUGAUAAUUCAACACGAUUUAUCACAAAUGUAUUCCUUGGAUAAUAUAAAAAAAAAAA